CAGAGAGAAGGGAGCGUCACUCAUCAGCACUGCCACAUUCAGUCGCAGGGUGGAAGUAUGCCUCACACUAGGCUUCUCCUGCUACUGUUCAUAGUGUGUAUGGCACGAUCCAGUCUUCACUACAACUUUUACAAAGCAGAGUCAAUUUUUACCUGCUUGAAGGAAGCGCUUGAGGAGGCCAAGAGACGGAGCUUUGAAGAAAACUCUGUUUUAAGUAAGAGAGGUUAUGAGUUUGAACCAAGUGAUAAUUUUAUGUCCCAGGAAGAAGAGGAGGAAGAAGACGAGAAAGAGAAAAGAACAUUUCCAGCUGCACGUUACAGGUAUCUGUCACAAGCACAGGUGAAAGGCAAGGUUUACCAAAACAAGGCAAAAAGUGACCGGCGGACCAAAUUCACCCUCUCAUUGGAUGUGCCAACCCAUCUUAUGAACAUUCUCUUUGACAUUGCAAAGGCUAAAAACAUGAGAGCAAAGGCUGCAGCAAAUGCCCAACUCAUGGCCCAAAUAGGCAGGCGAAAGUAA